AUGCCACCGAUUUAUUUGAUCGUGCUUCUGACAGUGCUGGACUUGUGCGUGCCUCUGUACCACGACCAGUUCGCGCUAUUUGUGCCCGAUGGUCGGGCAGAUGAACUGGCUCAAAGACAUGGGUUCGUUAACCAUGGACAGAUUGGGGACCUGAAGCAUUUUUAUUUAUUUUCACAUCCACAUUUAAGUAAGAGAUCUGUAAACGCAAGCAAGGAUUAUGAAAAUCGACUGAAAAAUGAUCCUCAGGUAAGAUGGGUGAUGCAGCAACGCGAGCUUCGGAGAGUGAAGCGGGAACACCGUCCCAGACACGUUUUACGACAGUCCAUGCCUUCGUUUCCUGAUCCAUUAUUUAAAGAGCAGUGGUAUUUGAAUGGAGGCGCCGCAGAUGGCUUAGACAUGAACGUUGGGACCGCAUGGCGGAAAGGCUUUACGGGGAAGGGUGUUGUAAUAACAAUACUAGAUGAUGGUAUCCAGCCUAACCACCCGGAUCUGCUACAAAAUUAUGAUCCGGCAGCAUCGACCGACAUAAAUGGAAACGACACAGAUCCCACGCCACAGGACAAUGGCGAUAAUAAACAUGGCACGCGUUGUGCCGGCGAAGUCGCUGCGGUCGCCUACAACCGAUAUUGCGGCGUAGGCAUUGCGUACAAUGCUAGCAUAGGGGGCGUAAGAAUGUUAGACGGCCUAGUUAAUGACGCGGUGGAAGCUAAAGCACUCGGAUUCAACCCCCAUCAUAUAGACAUCUAUAGCGCUUCCUGGGGACCCGAGGACGACGGGAAAACUGUCGACGGACCAGGCCCCUUAGCUAGAAGGGCUUUUAUAAAUGGUGUCACAAAUGGCAGAGGGGGAAAAGGUUCUAUUUUUAUAUGGGCGUCGGGAAACGGCGGAAGGCAUACUGAUUCCUGUAAUUGUGAUGGUUAUGCAAAUAGCAUAUUUACGAUAUCAAUAUCUAGUGCUACGCAAGGAGGUUAUAAGCCUUGGUAUUUAGAAGAAUGUUCCUCUACAUUAGCAUCGACUUAUAGUUCGGGUACACCUGGUAGGGAUAAAAGUGUAGCGACGGUUGACAUGGAUGUUCAAUUACGGCCAGAUCAUAUAUGUACUGUGGACCAUACAGGUACAUCUGCCUCCGCACCAUUAGCUGCAGGAAUUUGUGCCCUCGCUUUAGAAGCGAACUCUUUAUUAACUUGGAGAGAUAUGCAACAUCUCAUUGUUAUGACAUCGAGGUCACAACCUUUAGAAAAGGAAGAAGGUUGGAUCGUUAACGGUGUGAAACGGAAAGUGAGUCAUAAAUUUGGUUACGGUCUAAUGGACGCAGGUCAAAUGGUCUCGCUCGCGGAACAGUGGGUAAACGUACCGCCACAACACAUAUGUAAGUCUCAAGAAAUAAACGAGGACAGGUCGAUUGAAACAUCUUUCGGCUAUACUAUAUCCGUUCAUAUGGACGUAAAUGGCUGUAGUGGCACAAUGAAUGAGGUCAGGUUUUUGGAACAUGUUCAAUGUAAAAUAUCUCUGAGUUUUUUUCCGAGAGGUAAUUUACGAAUACUGCUUACGUCGCCUAUGGGCACUACGUCCACCUUAUUAUUCGAAAGGACGCACGAUGCGACUAGUUCAAACUUUGACGACUGGCCAUUUUUAAGCGUACAUUUUUGGGGCGAAAAUGCCGAGGGUCGAUGGACACUUCAAAUAAUAAACGCAGGAAAUAAUCACGUUACACAACUAGGCGUAUUGAAAAAAUGGCAGCUUAUUUUCUACGGAACAUCGACAAAUCCUAUGCGAUUGAGAAAUAAAAGUUAUUUCAACUCUAAUAACGUACCACAAGGAGAAAAAACCUAUCACAUUAACGAUGUCUAUGAUGCGUCUGAAUAUUCGCAAUUUCUCAACGAAAUCGAACUUGGCAUUUCAGACAGGCGAAACUAUCCUAAAAAUAUUCCAUCGGCUCAAAGAAAAAAUGUAUUAGCCGAUGCUAAUGAUAAACAAGUACAGAGAAUGUGCGAUCCCGAAUGCGAUUCGCAAGGCUGUUACGGAAAGGGACCAACUCAAUGUGUUGCGUGUAAACAUUACCGUUUAGACAAUUCGUGUGUAUCUAGAUGUCCUCCAAGAAGUUUUGUUAAUCAAGGAGGCGUAUGCUGGCCAUGUCAUGAAUCAUGUGAAACAUGUGCUGGAGCGGGACAAGAUUCUUGCCUUACGUGUGCCCCGGCACACUUACUCGUUAUCGAUUUGGCUGUGUGUCUACAGCAAUGUCCCGACGGCUACUAUGAGGAUCAAGACGCCAAUGCCUGUUUUCCCUGUGCUGAGCAUUGUGAUACAUGCUCAGAAAAAGCAGAUAUGUGUUCUUCAUGUGCACAUAGCUAUGUGUUAUGUAAUGGGUCCUGCUUAGCGACCUGUCCGUCGGGUACAUACAGAAAAGAUAAUUUAGGUUGCAUGCAGUGCCAUGAAUCAUGUGAAUCUUGCAGUGGAUCGAGUGAAACGGAGUGUGUAUCAUGUCGAAUUGGCAAUUACGCGUUCAAGGGGCGCUGUGUAUCCAAAUGUCCCGCCGGGUAUUAUGCAGACAUUCAAAAAAGAGAAUGCAUACCGUGCGCCAUUGGAUGUUCGAUUUGCACAUAUGCAGUUUGUUCUGUUUGCAAAGAGAAAUGGACGCUAACUAAAAGGGGUAAUUGCCAACCAGAUGGGAACCAGAAAUGCGAUACAAAUGAAUAUUACGAGGGAGGGCGGUGUAAAAAUUGUCAUUCCACUUGUGAGAAAUGUAGCGGACCAAAUGAGUGGGACUGUUUAUCUUGUUCAAGUCCGCUGUUAUUGCAGGGAUCGAGGUGCGUUGCGGAAUGCGGACAAGGGUAUUAUCAGACGGCUGGAAGUUGCUCGCAAUGCCCUCACACAUGUACGAAUUGUGUGUCAAGGUUGAACUGUACAUCGUGUGCCGUUUCUUUACGCUUGCAAUCUGGAACGUGUAGAGCUACAUGCGCUUCCGGAUACUAUCCCGAUGAAGGGAUAUGUUCUAAAUGUUAUUUAUCUUGCGAAACCUGUACUGGUCCUAGAAGAGAUCAAUGUGCAUCUUGUCCCGUGGAAUGGAGAUUGGCAGCAGGGGAAUGUAGACCAGAAUGUCCUCAAAACUUUUUUCCAUGGGGGGACAGUUGUAGACGGUGUCAUCAUUAUUGCCAGGACUGUCAUGGUGCUGGUCCCCAAAGAUGUACGUCAUGUCCGCCACAUUUUUCUCUAGAAAGUGGCUUAUGCGUUGAGUGCCUUAGUUCUCAAUAUUAUGAGCCUAGAACAAGGACAUGUCGUCCGUGUCAUGAUUCUUGUAGGUCUUGCUCUGGACCUGGACCUACUAGUUGUGUAACUUGCGCUCAUCCCUUACGACUAGAUAGGGUGAAUCAUAAAUGCCUGCCGUGUUGUACAGAGAGUAUGGUUUCUGUCUACUUAAGUACGAACCAAACAAGUGAUUGUUGCCACUGUGAUAAGGAUAUGGGUGGAUGUCUUAACGGUUCAUCAGCGGGCAAACGUCGUAUAGCUGAUAACAUCGGAGCUAGAAUGACAGCAUCAUUUUUUGUGAACCACGCGAAGGAAUCGAGUAAUCUCGACCGUGAUUUAUUAAUCCUUCUGAGUGCCGGCGCAACCGUCGUAGUGAUAUGCGUCGUUAUAGUAUUCAUACGACUAAGAUCAAAAAGACGCAAACAUCUAACGCCAUUCCCUAGAACUGUUUAUUCGCAAUUAACAUCGAUAGACGAAGAUUAUACUUCGGUGAGUUUAUCUCACACUGCAUUGAGGGUGAAACCCAACGAGGUCCGAUCUCCGAACGUUCUAUCAGAACCAACA